UUUGGGCUUUCUGUAUGCGAGAGGUUGGCGCCUGUGGUUGCGGCUCAGAGGAGUUGGGGGAGAAUUUGUUGCUAAAACACUUAUUUCUGUUGGUUGCAAACGAACGAGCGUGAUGAGUAAAAAAGAGGAAGAUGAUAUUGUCCGAAUUGCAAAAAAGAUAGACAAAAUGGUGUCGAAAAAGAACACGGUUGGUGCCUUGGACUUGCUGAAAGAGCUAAAAAGCAUUCCUAUGACCUUGGAACUUUUACAGUCUACCAGAAUUGGGAUGUCUGUAAAUGCUAUCAGGAAGCAAAGUAAAGAAGAAGAUGUCAUAUCUUUGGCAAAAUCUCUCAUUAAAUCCUGGAAGAAACUCUUGGACGGACCAACAGUUGAGAAAUCCUCAGAAGAUAAAAAAAAGGAUUCAGUUUCCUUGGCACAAAACAGCCCAGAAGCAAAAGAGGAAAGUUCGGGAAGCAUUUCCAGCAACUCCCAUGAAGCACUCUAUACUCAAUCACCUUUUCAACUUAAAAGUUACCCUCAGGCUCCUUUCACCACUGACUCAGUACGGAUCAAGUGCAGAGAAAUGUUAACUGCUGCAAUGAAAACAGAUGGUGAUUACAUAGCUAUUGGCUCAGACUGUGAAGAGCUUGGAGCUCAAAUUGAGGAAUGCGUGUAUCAAGAAUUUAAAAACACAGAUAUGAAAUAUAAAAACAGAGUGAGGAGCAGAAUUGCAAAUUUAAAAGAUUCAAAGAACCCCAAUCUGAGGAGGAAUGUCCUAUGUGGGAAUAUUGCACCAGAUAGACUGGCAAAAAUGACUGCAGAGGAAAUGGCAAGUGAUGAACUUAAAGAAAUGCGCAAGGCUUUAACCAAAGAAGCCAUUCGAGAACAUCAAAUGGCUAAGACUGGUGGUACUGAAACGGACUUAUUCACGUGUGGCAAGUGCAAGAUGAAGAAUUGCACCUAUACCCAGGUUCAGACUCGCAGUGCUGAUGAACCAAUGACUACAUUUGUCGUAUGCAAUAAUUGUGGAAAUAGAUGGAAGUUCUGUUGAGAUCCUGAAGAAGCAGCAGAAGAGAAUUCCUUGGACCAACAGUUAAUGAUUUUUUGGUUUCUAAUUAGUUGUACAAAUGAGAAGGUAGAACUUCAAGAAUAUUUGUAGAACAAUACAUCCCCAUGUCAUUUUUGUAUAAAUCUAGUUUCCUUAACACCAUUCUAUUGUAUUUUCCUUGCAGAAUAGUUCACUGAAACAAAAACUUUUCAAUUAUACAACCAGGCAGCAUCUAAGUGUAUGUAAGAUUUCUUUUUAUAUGUAGUUUGACAUUAAAGUUUUAAAAGUCUUUCAGUGUUGUUUCUUUUCUUUUGAAACAUUUUUUAUGGCAGUUGCUCAUUACCUUGCUUAAUAAGCAUUCUGUGAAA